UGCAGUCAAGUUUUUAAAAAGCAAAAGUAUUGAAAGCUCAGCUUUGCCAUGCAGUUAGUCUUUCAGUCAAAACCCAAAGAAACCAACCCAAAAAAUAAGUCCCAGCUCUUCCUGAGGUCUGCAGCUCUCCUGGGAGGGGUGGGAGCAAAGAAGUGCUGUCAUCACAGGCUCAUCCCAAGGGAACCAUGGCAUUCUCAGGCAAAUACGAGUUCGAGUCCGACGAGAACUACGAUGCCUUUGUGCAGAAGAUUGGUCUCCCCAGUGACAAGGUUGAAAUGGGAAGGAACUGCAAGAUUGUGACCGAGGUGGUGCAGAAUGGGAAUGACUUCACGUGGACACUGCACUUCCCAGGAGGCCGCACCACCACCAACACCUUCACCGUGGGCAAGGAGGCAGACAUGGAGACCAUGGGAGGGAAGAAGUUCAAGGCAACUGUCAAAAUGGAAGAUGGGAAACUUAUAGCUGAUUUCCCCAACUACCGCCACAUUUCAGAGAUCUGUGGGGGGAAGCUGGUAGAGACUUCUACCUGCUCUGGUGUAGUCUACAAAAGGACCAGCAAAAAGAUUGCCUAAGGCAGCAAGGCCAGUCUCUUCCAGUGCACUGAAAGCCAACAAUAAAAUAAAUAAAAUAAAACUCUGUCUUCAUCUCUGUCUUGGUUUUGCAAACGUCAUCAUGUUAAUGCUGACCCCAUUCCUAAGUAUCUGACGGGGGGGGGAACUAGAUAAGAUUUAAGGUCCCUCCCAACCAAACCCUUCUGUGGCUCUGAUUCUCUGCUCUGAGGGACACCAGGGAGCACCACUUUGUGCCCCGAGAGGAGCCCUGAGCCUUGAAAACAAGACCUUUUAAUCACUUCCUGUGCAGACCAGAUGCCUUUGCUAUUAGAGCUGCCUUGAUGGGGCUGGGAGGGAUUUUACAACUCCAGCUGACAAAUUCCUGACUCUUUUUGGCUGGCAAAGCCCGAUUCCAUUAACAAGGAC